AGGAAACUACCCACAUGAAAGUAGCCGUCGUACAGAACAAUCAAAGUCAAACAUAAUUGCUUUUGUGGGAUUCAGCGAGAAACAAACCAAGAAAUGCUUCGACACAUUCGUAUGACCCCUACCAACAAGGAGAUCCCAAAGGCAGAGGGGCGCAUCUUUGGGCUCCUCCACGACUGGAUCCAUCCCUUCUACCGCUAUCGCAUUCCCCACACCCCGAUCCCGCGCGAACGGGUGUGCGCGUGCGCCUACCCGGUCUUCACGUUGCGAUCCUCGCAGCGCUCCCCGUACGACGAGCCCACCAUGCUGGCCGCCGUGCAGGAAACCGUGUAUGUGGACAGCACCGGUAAGUCGACUUCACUCCCCGCCAGCGCACUCCAGGGACACGCGAGGCCGACCAUCACCUCUACUACCGAUGUCGCACCCUCUGCAUCGCCCACCAUCACCACAGAAGGAUCGAUGGCAAGCAACAACAGAUCCAACGACGCUGCUGCUGCUGCUGCUGCCGCCGUUGCUGCUUCUUUGGCCACGACUGCGCCCUCCAGCUCGCCCGCGUCGGCCUUCCUCUCAUCGUUUGGCCACCUUCCAUCGUUAAAGGCGCGUUGGGUGGUGCGUCGUCGCAGCGGCCGUCUUACCAACCCGCCGCAGUCCACCGAGACGUGCUACCGGUGUGACAUCUGUGACGGGCUGCAGAGGCCGUGCGAUGAGGAAACCCACGCCGACACCGCCGUGGCGAGGAGCACCGGCACCAACACCACUGCAACCGCCGCUGUAAAGGAGGAGGUCGUCGAGGAGGCCGUAGACGAAGACGAAGACGAGGACGAGGACCCCUCUGGAGCGACGACGGAGAGUAGCAGUGACGAGCGGUACGGCUACACCACCUCCACCGACAUCGCCAACACGGCCAUGGAAGAUGCCGACGUGGCUGAGCUGCGCCGCCUCGAUCCUUUUCACGUCGAAGUCUUCGGCAAGCCUCCAUGGGGGGCGCUGUUGAGGCGAGCGGCACGGGAGGUGCAGGGACAGUUGAACCGCUGCGGGCUGCGCUCUCGUGAUGCCUCGCGCUACGCGGCUCAGGCCACCGCCAACAGUGAGGUGGCCCGUCAGGCAUACCGGCUGUGGGUCCGUGCAGAGGCGCAGCGUGUGCGGGAAGAGCAGCGGCGGUCGAUGCAACCAGCAGCUACUACUUCCACCACCACUUCCUCAACUGUUAGUGCGUCGUCCCCCUCACCCCCCUCUCCUUUCUCCUCUAGCCUGACACAGCUCACCCUUUCGCCCGCGCAGAGGGCCAUCAUCCGUGGCAAGCUGGACACCCUGCACAUCGCCGCUUACCUUGCACGCUACGCGGUGGCCGCGUAUGGGCUGCCGUACGAACUCAACUUCUUCACAAGUGCACGGGAGUUGACGAAGUUGAUGGCCGAGCCGCACAGCCGGUACGUCUGCGCCAACUCCGAGGAGCAACUGGAGUCGAUGCGGCGCAUGCUGCAAGGUGAGGAGCCGGAUGCGCUGCUGGAGUGUGUGGCGAGCCGUUACUCAUUGCGAGUGGGACAGCCUUGCUGGUCGCUCUUUCUCGAUCACGCCGCACAGCGAGUGGUUUUGUCAUUUCGCGGCUCGAUGACGGCGGCGGAUAUGGUGGUGGAUUUCAUGGAAGGCUACGCAAAUGUGAUGAUCGAACCCACUCACAGCACCGCCACGCCGGACGGAUCAGGUUUAACUUCGCCGACGACACCGCAGAGGGUGUGCACUGCGAUUCCACUGGGUUUCUAUGAGUCGAUCGUCGAGGCCGGAGCGCAGUUGCUCCCCAUUCUCCGCACCAUUCACACACAGUACGGCUCCUACACCCUCUGCGUCACCGGGCACUCCCUGGGCGGCAUCCAGGCCUCCGUCUUUCACCUCCUCUAUUGCGGCCCAUGGCGCGCCUCGCUGCAUUCCUCGUCGUUGCUGCUGCGUCGCACCAAAACGCCGUCUUGUCCGUCCGCCGCAGAGGUCGAGGCAGCGUCCUUCGUGGAGUCGUCCGCCGUGUCGAGCAGAGCUGCGCAUGUGCCAUUUGCCAAAACCAUCACCUGCACGUUUGCCGCGGCGCCCGUGGUGGAGAAGCGCGUUGUGCCGCAGAUCAACGCGUGGCUCGCAGAGGAAGAGAAGCGCAGCGGCAGCCGCCUCAUUGCCAUGACGCACGGUAUGGAUUUGGUAACGCGUCUUCAGGUACACUCGUUGAAGGAGACGUUCCUGAAGCCCUACAGCAUCGCCACGGCAGCAAGCGAUACGCCCACCGGUGCGGCGUGUCCGAACGUUCCCGAGUCCACAGCAGCAGCCGCAACAGCACCUCUCCUGGUAAAUGUGGAUGCGGCUGCUGUGACGGACAAGUCAGUCGUGCCAGUUCUCGCCGUGCCGGGUUCCAUGUACAACGUCACCGCGGGAACGCGACGGCGGUACCUGCUUGCGGUUCCCUUGACGGCGACGGCGGUGCGAGAGCAGAUCGUUCUCUCCGCUGAGGCUGUGCUGCAGCACUUCCCCUGCCUUUACCUGCGUAGCCUCGCGGAGCUGCUGAAUCGGUACGAGGCAAAGUGGAAUUCGCUGAAGGCGGCGACCGGGCAAAACCCCCGGUCUUCAGCAACUGCUGAUUCCGCAAGUACGCAAUGA